CAGAGAGCGGCUUGUUUCGGUGUCAGACAUUUCUGUUGGGGUGUUGCAGAUAUUCAGGAAAUUAUUAUUCCUCCGUUUAUUCCACACAUUUCUUAUGUUUUCUGCGGUGUAUCAACGUUUUUUAGACGCCUCCAGUCCUUCGAAGACACAGCAAUGAAGAAGAAGCUCAGCACGAUGCUGCGUCCCAAACGUGGCAGGCAGGUCAGUGCCAACAGUGAACUUGCUACAGACUCAUCCACUGCACUGGACUCCAGUUCUCCAGUAAAUUCUGAAACUGUGCAAGAAUCAGCCUCACAAAUCAGACACUUGAUGAUGUCGCAGCAAAGCCACAACCUCUUGAAGUUCUUGAAUGAGGACCGGACUCGGCAGAAGUUCUGCGACAUGUCAGUGUCUGUAGGUGGGAAGAUCUACAGCGCCCACAAGGUGGUGUUGGCCCACGGGAGCAGCUACUUCCAUGCGGAGCUGUCCAAGAACCCCGCUGCAACAACACAUGUGACUCUAGACCACGUGGAAGCCUCUGUUUUCCAGCACCUGCUUGGCUUUUUGUACACAGCCGAGUGCAUUGUUGCAGAGACUGAGCUACCGGCUCUGACUGAAGCUGCACGAUUCCUGGACAUGAUGGAUAUAUUAAAGCUGUUAUGCGAAGAAGAAGAGCACAACCCUGUAAGUGUGAUCCAGGCUGAGACAAGAGGCUCUCCAAAGGUGGAAAUAAGCUCCAGUGACUCAUCAGGAGCUGACACAGACCUCCAGAGCCUGCCUGAUGUUAAGUGCACCUCGUUCAGUCGCCGGUUUAACACUCAAAACUCCCUGCAGAAUGACAUAGCUGAGGUUCACACUGAUGAACAGCAGGAAGCUUCAGCUGAAGAAGUGAAGACGACUGGCCAGAGGAGCGCAACAACACGGAGAUCAGCUCGUCGGAAGAGAACGCCCACCAAGUACAAGAGAGAUGAUGUAGAAUGCUCUGUUGCCACUCCUGAGGAAAAACAAAGAACUGUAUCAUCAAGGCAGCAAAAUGAAGGCAGAGGAGAAGCAGCAGCAGCAGCAGCAGAGAUGGUUAUGAAAACCCAGACGACUACACUGGAUGAGACAUCUAAACCCACUCUGGGGGACGACAUGAUGGAUGAGGAGGAGGACGAAGAGGGAGGAGACAUAAAUGCAGACUUUGCUGCUCACAAGAAAGUUGCUGGGGUUUGUGGCCCAGACAGAAGUGUAAGCCAGCAGGGUUCACAAGCAGAAAGGACAGAACAACAGUCUGCUCAGGUGGAAGUACAUGUGACAGCAGCAGCAGGAAGCUCCAACCAGAUUCCUGUUUAUCCUGAAGGUCUGGCUCCGGUCAUCAUCCAAACCUCCAGCAAGAAGACUCUCAAGUGUCCCAAAUGUGACAAGACCUUUGACCGUGCAGGGAAAUAUGAGAGUCACACCCGAGUGCACACAGGAGAGAAACCGUUUCAGUGUGACAUCUGUCUUCAGCGUUACUCCACCAAGUCCAACCUGACGGUACACAAGAAGAAGCAUGCCAGCGACGCUCCGUUCCAGAAGAAAGAGCACAAAUGUCCCUUCUGCAACAAACUCCAUGCCAGCAAGAAAACUCUGGCCAAACAUGUCAGGAGGUUUCAUCCAGACCACAUCCAAGAGUUUCUCACCAAGAGGAAGAGGAAGAGUGAGGGCUGGAAGUGUGCUGUAAGGACGAGUUUCAGUUUUAGAAUAUUCAUUUGUUUGAAGACCUUCACACGCAGACCUCAUCUGCAGGAGCACAUGAUCCUUCACACACAAGACCGGCCUUUUAAAUGCUCCUUCUGUGACGAAUACUUCAAAUCCAGGUUUGCAAGGCUGAAGCACCAAGAGAAGUACCACUUAGGCCCAUUUCCCUGUGAGAUCUGUGGCCGUCAGUUUAAUGACACAGGCAACAGAAAGAGGCACAUUGAGUGCACACAUGGAGGCAAAAGGAAAUGGACCUGCUUUGUUUGUGGGAAAUCAGUGAGGGAGAGGACGACACUAAUGGAGCACUUGAGGAUUCACAGCGGAGAGAAGCCUCACCUCUGCAGUAUUUGUGGCCAAAGUUUCCGUCACGGCAGCUCCUACAGGCUCCACCUCCGAGUCCAUCAUGAUGACAAGCGUUACGAGUGUGACGAAUGUGGGAAAACCUUCAUACGCCACGAUCACCUGACCAAACAUCAGAAAAUACACUCUGGUGAAAAAGCACACCAGUGUGAAGAAUGUGGCAAGUGCUUCAGACGACAUGAUCAUCUGACAGUCCACUACAAAAGCGUUCAUUUGGGAGAGAAAGUUUGGCAGAAAUAUAAAACUGCUGUACAUCAGUGUGAAGUUUGCAAGAAAGAGUUUAAAGGAAAGUCCAGUCUAGAAAUGCACUUCAGGACACACUCAGGUGAGAAACCUCACCGAUGUCCUGAGUGCCAUCAGACAUUUCGGAUCAAGAAGACUCUAACAAAACACAUGGUGAUCCACUCAGACGCUCGUCCUUUUAACUGUCCCCACUGCAGCGCCACCUUUAAGAGAAAAGACAAGCUCAAGUACCAUGUGGACCAUGUGCACAGUGCCCGGUUCACUGAGCAGCCUCUCAGCACGCUCGGCGAGGACAAAAUAGUCUCCAUUCCCUUCGAGGAAACCUCCAAAGCGUACCACACCGAGCCUAAAUCGACCCUCCAGAGCCCCCCCACCUCCACAGAUGCCUGCGUGCCCGUCUCUUUAGUUCCUGUCCAGAUGGCCGGAGGAGGGCAGGGCGACUUGAACGCUCACAGAGCCUCGUCUCUCUCCUCCCAGACUCACAGCCAUGUCAGCAUGCAGGCUCAAGGACAGCAGCAGAACUCUGGCUACCAGGCGGCUACAGACCUGGCCUUCUUAGAGAAGUACACCCUCACCCCUCAGCCUGCUAACAUCGUCCACCCCGUGAGGCCCGAUCAGAUGCUGGACCCUCGAGAGCAGUCGUACCUGGGCACACUGCUGGGCCUAGAUUCAGCUUCUUCUGUGCAGAACAUCUCCAACUCUGAUCACACUCACUGACGCUGCUCAGCCAAAAAACAGGACUUUAAGGCACAGUCCAACAAACAAUGGAGAAAUGUCAUGGGACUGACAGACGCUACAGUAUUAACCUGUACAGUAGAUUCACAUUUUAAAACUUCUUUAUCACUGACCUCCUUGUAAAAUCAUUGGAAUCAAGACACAAAAAAAUGAAGUGCUGUUAUUAAAUAACCAGACUGGGACUAUUUCAUUCUAACCACAGUCUGCAUGCCUAAACCACAUGGUACACAUUCACCAAUAGGUGAGCACAAACAACCCCUGAAAAUUUCACUGCAACUUGAAAUUAAUACAGUUGAAUUAAAUAAAUAAGUACAACUGGAUUGCAACAUUAGUCUCAUCAUUUAUUAACUUCACUUAGCACAUAUCUGCACUUGAUUUAUUUGGCACUUGUUGAAAUGUGGCACCUAUUUGAUGUUCAUCCAUGUUACAGUAAGCUCACAUGUAUUGGUCACUAAUAUGAAUAAAUUUGGGAAGAAGAACACAAUGAAUAUAACUGAAACAAGUGUCUUUGUAUUAGAUGAUAACACAAAAAAUCAGGCCAAGUUCAACAAUGUUUUUUCUUCAUUUUGUAUUGUUUUGUUUUAGCAUCAAUGCAAUUGUCUUUUUAAUUAAUUAGCAUUAAAAUAAUAGACAAUUUUGAUUAGAUUUUUUUCAGUAAAAUGUUUUUCCUUGUCAUUUAGUGGUUCUAACUUCUGACUAAUUUGGGUUUAUCAAAUAAAUAUCUUUCGGUUAUUUGAUUCUAAAAAGAAUCACUAAUGGCAGCCUUGUAAUAUUGGCUGGAAUAAACUUCAACUGUGGCCUUAACUUAAACUGUAAUAUAUGUGCGGCCUGUACAACCUGUUACACAAAGGCUUUGGGUUUGCUCUGUAAUGCAAAGUUAACAUUUAGGAAAGGAGUUUCUUUUUACUCCUGCAGCGUACAUAUGAGCACAAUGACUAUUUGAAGCUAUGUAUGUGUGCGAGAACUUUCCUUUAAAGAAAAAUGUUAAAUAAAAUGUUCAGAAAGACCAUUUUGUCUACUCAGGAAUAUUUCUGUCUUGAAGAUUCUUCCCAUUCUGAAUCAUUGGUGUGUCGUGAUCAAUAAAACUUUAACUGAAAACA